AUGACGGCGCACGUAAUCACACACUGCAGCCUGGAGCUGCGGAAGCAGCAGCAACACCAGCAGCACCUGCUGCAGCUAAAACAACACGGGCGGGGGGACACUCUGGAGAGCAGCAGCAGCAGCAGCAGCAGCAGUAGCAUUGCCCUUAAGACCCGCAGCACCAGCUACAGCAGCCGCUUCUCUGUUACCUCAUCUUCUAACGGGAGCUUCAGCGUUGCAGCACCGGAAGCAGCAGCAGGCGGAGCAGCAGGAGAAGCAUCAGAAGCAGCAGCAGCAGCAGCAGCAGCAGCAGCAGCAGCAGCAGCAGCAGCAACAGGGGGCCUGCAGCAGGGCCUCGUGGAGCUUCAGGUCGGUUCCCGCCUUUUCCAUUUGACACGGGAGACCGUUGCGAAGUGUCCCCUACUGCAGCAGCAGCUGGAGCAGCAGCAGGAGCUGCUGCAGCAGCAGCAGCAGCAGCAGCUGCAGCAGCAGCAAGAGGGGGAAGGAGGUGUGUUAGCAGCUAAGGAGGCUGCAGGGCCGAGGGCCCCCCGCUUGCUGCUUGAUUGUUUGCCUGAGGUUUUUUUUAUUGUUUUAAAUUAUCUUAGGACAGGCGAACUAGAUAAAGAGACAUUUCUGCUGGCAGCAGCAGCAGCAGGGGGGCCCCACAGCAGCGCAAGCGGAGAGAGAUUGCUGCGGAGGGAGUUCAGGCUGCUGCUGCUGCCUUGGCCAGAGCGCUGCAUGCGCUGCAGCUGUCUCUUUGAUCCCCAGCUGUAUAGGCAGCUACCUAACGGGGAGCUGCCUGUACACCCUGCUACUGCUGCAGCGGGGCCCUCUGCUGCAGCUGCAGCAGCAGCAGCAGCAGCAGCACCCGUGUGCUACUUCCACCCAGGCACCCUCUGCUGCAGCAACAGCAGCUGCUGCUCCUUCUUCAGCAACCCCAGAAGCAGCAACAGUGCAGCCGGCGAGGGCACUAACCGCAGCAGCAACCGCAGCAGCAGCAGCAGCAGCAACCGUAGCAGCAGCAGCAGCAGAAGCAGCGGCUGCUGCUGUUGCAGCAAUGCUAAGCUAACCUACAGCUGCUGCGGGGCGGAAGAAGGCGCUGUGGGGUGCGCAGCAACAACACACAUCAGCAGCAGAAGCAGGACGUGGCAGCAGCAGCAGCCGCAACAGCAACAGCAGCAGCAGCAACAGCAGCAGCAGCAGCUGGAGCUCGAAGGAAGCCAGUGCUGGCGCUCCACGUCCCCUGCUGCUGCUGCGAAGGGACACCUGAAAGGAAGAGGAGACACUGGGGGACGCACUUGGGCAGCAGCAGCACCAGCAGCAGCAACAGCAGCAGCAGCCGCAGCAGCAGCAGCAGCAGCAGCAAAACCAGAAGCAGGAGCAGGGACUCCUUUUGCUGCUGCAGAGGAUUUUGUCGAGGGCCCCCCAACAGAAAGGCGACUACGAGCAGCAGAUGUCUCUGCUGCAGAUGUUGCUGCUGGCAGCAGCAUAGCGGAACAGCAGCAGCAGCAAGAGCAGCAGCAGCAGCAAGAGCAACAGCAGCAGCAAGAGCAGCAGCAACAGCAGCAACAGCAGCAGCAGCAGCAGCAGCAGCAGCAAGAGUGCAAGAGAGGUGAGAGUUUUUCGUUUUCUUCUUCUGUCUCUUCUUCUUACUGGCCGUUCCUUGCCGGCUGUUCUUUAGGGGGGCCCCCCUUCAUUUGUAGCGGGGGGCCCCCUCUGUACCCUCCAACAGGGGCCCCCCCUUACCCUUUUGCUUCUUAUACAGGAGCAGCAGAAGAAGAAGAAGAAUAUCACCUGCAGCAACAGCAACAGCAACAGCAGCAGCAGGGCUGUGCUGCUGCUGCUGCUGCAUUGACAAUGCAGCAACGGUGUGCAGCAGAGCAGCAGGAUUUCAUAGGGUACAGUGGGGGGGCCCCCCUUGAGGGGCCCCCCGGGCGUUGGUGCUGUGCUUUCCCUCAAGGUUUUUCUAGCUGCGACUAUCUGCUGCAGCUGCAGCAGCAGCAGCAGCAGCAGCAGCAGCAAAUGAUGACGAUGAUGUAUUGCCCUUCAUGCCCUUACGGUACAGCUAAUUGGAGCGCUCUGCUACCUUCUCUGCUGCAUCUGCAAACAGGAGGGGGGGGCCCCCAGGGGCCCCUGGGGGGCCCCCCUUGCUUCACUGUAGGGGCCCCCUGUCUUCUCCCGGGUGCCACCGGCUGUUCUUUUGCUGCUAACUUCAGCACUACCAAACAAACACCUUUAGAUGAACUCAGCCCCUUCACCUCCCCAGCUUCAGAAAGAAAUGAGGGGCCCCCAGAGGGGCCCCCAGCUGAGGGGCCCCCAGAGGGGCCCACAGGUGAGGAGCCCCCUGAGGGGCCCUCAGGGGAGGUUCUUUUAGAGGGUCCUGAAGAAGGGGGCCCCCUAGAAGGGGUCCUUGAGGAGGGGCCCCCAACUGGGGGGCCCCUAGAGGGGCCCCCAGGGGAGGGGGCCCCAGAGGGGCCCCCAGGAGAGGGGCCCCUAGAGGGGCCCCCAGGGGAGGGGCCCCCUGGGGAGGGGCCCCUAGAGGGGGUUCAGUUGGAGGGUAUAGUGGAGGAUAGUGUGGGGCCCCCAGUUGAGAAGAAGGGUACAGUAGUAGGGGGCCCCUCUUCAUCAUCUCGUAGGGGCCCCCUUGCUUGUCGUUCUGAGAGCUGUCUGGGGAGGGGGGGCCCCCUGGGGCCCCUCUAUUGUAGUGUUGAUAGAGGAGAGGGUUUAGUCGGUUGUCUAGGGGAUAGCGGUGAUAUAGAAGAUGUUAGGAGGCCCCCUAGGGUGUAUAUGCACAAAAACGGCGGGGGGCCCCCAGGAGGGGGGGGGGCCCCCAGCGAGCUCGCCUGCUGUAGAGGCGGGCGCUGGCUGCUGCACAAAGAAGCAGCAGCUGCAGCAGCAGCUGCUGCAGCAGCAACAGCAGCAGCAACGCAACGGGGGGCUCCAGGAAGUAAAGAACGGGUUAAGACUGCAAGCAGCAGUCAGGGCCUCCUUGGGGAGGAGACUACGAUCCAGCAGCAGCAGCAGCAGCAGCAACAGCCGCAGCAGCAGCAGCAGCAACAGCCAACGCUGCAGAGACAGCAGCAAAACCAGAAGCCCAUGCGGGACCAACCGCAGCAGCAGGAGCCGCAGCAUGCGCAGCAACAGCAGCAGCAGCAGCAGCAGCAACAGCAGCAGCAGCAGCAGCAGUUGCAGCAGCAGGUGCGAUCUCGCGCACGAGUAAACGUGCGUUCCUCUCAAGGGCUGCAGGGCACCCCCUCAGCAAACCCUCUCUUUAAAACCCGAAUGUGUCAUUUAUAUAAGAGCGGCCUAUGCAGACUGUAA